AUGACAGAUAUCAGCCAACAGGCGGAUGGAUGGCUUGUUGGUCGUGCUGAAGUCCUUGAGGACUGGAACUGCCCCACGCAGAACUCCACCCAGAUCAGCCAACCUCACCUCAUCAUCAUCACCACCAUCAACAUCGUCAUCAUCGUGGCAGCAGCAAUCAACUACAUCGACACGAUACGGCUAUCAUCUACAGAUUUAUUGCCCGGCCUUGUCAAGGAUGUCGAGAAAGUCGCCAUCAAUCUCACCCUCAAGCGUCUCCCAUCUCCAGUAUCACCACUCGUGUUCAUGAAUGGCCCUGCCCGGAUCUAUGCCCAUGAGAUGGGUUCUCUGGAGGGAUCUUUGACCACAAGUGGCACGCGAGCGAUGAGCGUUAAUGGACCGCUGGGUUUAGGUAUCCGCGUUGGAGGAUAG